AUGCAUCCCUACAUCGCGGCCCCUGCGACUCUGGGCCUGGUUUACCGCGCGUAUUCUAGGAAAUCUCUGACACCCUUCGGCAUCGUUGUUGCAGCGUUGACAGCAGUUGUCCAUGCCAUACAUCCUUGGAGCAUCUUUUUCGCGCUGCUCGUUGUGUUCUUCCUAGCUGGUACUGCUGCCACCAAGGUCAAAUAUGACGUGAAAGCCCGGUUGACCCUAUCGUCAACAGGGGCUUCGGGAGGAGAAGGAGCGCGAACUCAUAUUCAGGUUCUGGCGAACUCGGUAGUGGCAUCUAUUUUGAUUCUGCUUCACUAUCGGCAGCUGAACACAAGGGGGAAACACGAUGCAUCUGGCGGCGAGUGCUGGGCUUACGGUAGCGAUUUGCUGGUGGUUGGGAUAGUGAGUAACUAUGCUGCCGUCGCAGCAGAUACAUUCUCCUCGGAAUUGGGCAUCCUCUCGAAAAGCAAGCCCAGACUCCUCACAUCUUGGAACUUUCGCCAGGUACCACCAGGCACCAAUGGUGGUGUCACGCUCGCGGGGACACUAGCAGGUUUUGUCGGUGCCUUCAUAAUUGCUUUGACGUCCGUGAUCCUUAUACCUUUCUGCUCUGCUGAUACUACGAUCCGAGGAAAGUUCUUGGGCAAUAAACCUGGAUUCGAGGGUGGAGAUGGAUGGGGAUGGCAAGAGAAGAUCUUUUGGGUCAUUGCCGUCACAAUAUGGGGGGGCCUUGGAAGUGUUCUGGACAGUGCUCUCGGGGGUUGGUUCCAGGCUAGUGUGGUUGAUGGAAGGACGGGCAAGGUGAUUGAAGGCUCUGGCGGGAAGAAAGUGCUCGUGUCGGGUUCACGGACGCCAGCGAACAAGAAGAGCGACGAGCCAAGUCGCCGAAUCGAGAGUGGUCUUGGGCUUCUUGACAACAACGCGGUCAAUGUGCUCAUGGCUUUUCUCAUGAGCAUUGGCGGGAUGUUGAUCAGUAGUUACGUGUGGCAUGUAUCACUGCGAAGUAUAUUAAGCUAA